CAUGAGGGUUGAACUGUGGCCAGGAUUCAGGAAGAGAACAAGCAUUGUUGUCAUCAAGAACAAGUUAUCAUUCAAGACUUGGCUGCUGGUGAAGCACAUAAUUUAGUGUCAUUGAUUUCAAUGCAAGUUUUUUUGGUGGCCCUCUGGUUAUUUCUGUCCUCUCUGAAUUAGCGUUGCCUGAAGAACACUAUUUGCCCCUUGAUUCACAAGCACCUCUAUGUUGGCUGUUGGCGUGAGUCAUACUUACCUUAUUUAUGUAGAUAUUCUGUGAUAUUCCGUGAUAUGUAAUAUUAUGUAAUAUCUGUAGUAUUAUUAGGUUUACUACUUACCUUAGGAGUAGUACUUGUCUUAUCAGAAUUUGUAUAUAAUUUCUUCUUGUAAGGUGAAUGAGAUAUCUAAGUUAUUCAGCCAAAAUUAUCUCUUGUUUUUCGUUAUAUUUGACUUGGUAUUAGAGCAGAGAUCCGAUCCUGGACUCUGACUCAUUGUUCUUUGAUCCUUGACUCUUGUUCUUUGUGCUUGGAUUUGUUCCUUGUCCUUUGAUCCUUUCAUCACCGUUGCCUUCUUAUAUUUCCAAGUACUUUGUUGUUUUUCCUUCCGCUGCAUAUUCACCAUGGUGAAAGCUCCUUCUUCUAUGUGUCCCUCUCCUCAAGGUUCUUCCCCCGUGUUCUCCUCAAGUCUGACUUGUAACUACUGCAAGAAUCCAGGCCAUAUCAAAGCAAAUUGUUACAGGUUGGUUGGUUUUCCAGCAGGCUACUUUGAUAGGCCCCGACCUCAGGACAACAAACCCAAGGGAAAGGCUGCAGUGACAAAACCAGAUCACACCAACUUUGCUGGACCUCCUCACCAGGGAAAUAAUCGGCAGGGGUUAUCUGAGGGGUCGACUAUUUCAUCUGGAUUGCAUCUCCGCGGCAAGGUGGCCAUCGUCACCGGCGCCGCCAGCGGCAUCGGAGCAGUCACUGCUCGCCAUUUCGCAAAUCACGGCUCUCUCACCGUCGUAAUCGCCGACGUGCAAGACGGCAAAGGCCGAGAAGUGGCCGCAUCGAUCAGUUCUAACCGCUGCACCUACGUCCACUGCGACGUCACCGACGAGCACCAGGUCAAAUACCUAGUUGACUCUACUGUGAAGCUGUACGGCCGCCUCGACGUGAUGUACAGCAACGCGGGAAUAACCCCCCCGUCGGCGCAGACUGUGCUGGAGCUGGACCUGUCCUUGUUCGACAAGGUGAUGGCGGUGAACGCGAGAGGGAUGGCGGCGUGUGUGAUGCACGCGGCUCGCGCGAUGGUAGAGAAGGGAGUUAGAGGCAGCAUAGUGUGCACCGCGAGCGUUCAGGCGGAUUGCGGGACGGAGAGCAUGACGGACUACACGUUGUCGAAGCACGCAAUGCUGGGGCUGAUGAGGUCGGCGAGCGUGCAGCUGGUGAAGCAUGGGGUGCGCGUGAACUGCGUGUCGCCGGGUCUGGUGGCAACGCCGCUGGUGACUGAGAUUUUCAAGCUCGGGGCGGAGGAGCUGAGCAAAAUGAUGGCGGCGGUUUAUACGGGAAGCCAAUAUGGGCCGGUGAAGGAGAAAGACCUGGCGGAUGCAGUGGUGUUCUUGGCCUCUGAGGACUCAGCGUUGAUCACCGGCCAGAAUUUGGUUGUUGAUGGUGGACAUGAAACCAAGGCCUUAUCACUAUUGAAACCAUGA